GGCUGGGCUGUGCUGUGCUGGGCUGUGCUGGGCUGUCCUCUGCCGCUGGUGGCUUUGCCCUCUUCCGCGUCUCUCUUCGCUGCGCUGGGACUCGGGGGAGAGAGUACAUUAACAACAAACACAUGUCUGCACCGGAGCAGCGGAGACCGUCACAGCCGCUCUGAACAGAGAGAGGGGAGUGAGUGAGUGAGUGACAGCCCCGGGAAGAUCGAGAGGAGAGUGACAGCCCUGUGGGGACUGACACACACACACACACACAGCCCAGAGCAGAGCAGAGCAGAGACUCCGAGCUCAGUGCGAGCAGCAAAGCGCAGAGGCAGCAGCUGCUGCCACCAGGACCAUGGCUACUGCCACCAGGACCAUGGCUCCUGCCAGCCCCGGGGAGUGCGAGGCUAUGGAGGCUUGGCUUGAUGAUCACUUAGACUUUGCACAUUCAUACUUCAUCCGGAAAGCCACCAGGGAGAUGGUCAAUGCAUGGUUUGCAGAGCGAGUUCACACUAUUCCCACUACAAGGGAGACUGCGAGAGAAACCAGCCCAUCAUAUCAGUUGGCCCGAGUUGAGAACACAGCCCCCGGAAUUCCCACCAGGAAAAUCUCUGCUUCAGAAUUUGACCGGCCCCUCAGACCUAUUCUUGUUAAAGACUCCAUCGGGGGGUUAACGUUCGUCUUUGAUUCGGAUAAAAAGGAGCAGCUGCCUUCAAAAGUGCACAAAGUUGACUGUGAGGCCAUGCCGGUCAGUGAUCAGUGCUCCAGACUUUUAGAACUUGUCAAAGAUAUUUCCAGUCAUCUGGACGUCACCACGCUAUGCCACAAGAUCUUUCUCCACAUCAACAAAGUCAUUGAAGCUGACAGGUAUUCACUCUUCCUGGUGCAUGAGGACAGCUCCAAUGAGAAGUUUCUCGUGAGCCAUCUCUUUGAUGUUGCAGAAGGUUCCACCCCUGAAGAAACCUCGAACAACUGUAUUCGGUUGGAGUGGAACAAAGGAAUUGUCGGUUGUGUGGCAGCUACAGGCCAGCCGUUGAAUAUCAAGAAUGCAUAUGAGGAUCCCAGGUUCAAUGCAGAAAUCGACCACAUCACCGGGUACAAGACACAGAGUAUUCUGUCCAUGCCAAUAAAGAACCACGAAGAUGAGGUUGUUGGUGUUGCCCAAGCGAUCAACAAGAAGUGUGGGACAAGUGGAACAUUCACUGAAAAUGAUGAAAAGGAUUUCGCAGCCUAUUUAAUGUUCUGUGGGAUUGUCCUCCACAACGCUCAAGUGUACGAAACCUCACUACUUGAAAACAGGCGCAAUCAGGUUCUACUUGAUCUUGCCACUGUAAUAUUUGAUGAGCAGCGCUCACUGGAUGUAAUCGUGAAGAAGAUUGCAGCUACCAUCCUGUCCUUCAUGCAGGCACAGAGCUGCACCAUCUUCAUUGUGGACGAAAAUUCCUCUGAUUCGUUCUCCAGCGUCUUUCACAUGAAUUCUGCUGAGCUGGAGCAACCUGCAGUUUUCUCAAGGAGGGGCUGUGAUGUAAAUAAAAUGAACUACAUGUAUGGAAAGUAUGCGAAAAAUACCAUGGAAACACUGAACAUAACAGAUGUCUGCAAGGACACACGCUUCAUGUGGACAAAUGAAAAUGCAGAAAAUACAAACAAGCAAAUAAAAAGUUUGCUCUGCACCCCAAUUAAAAAUGGAAAGAAGAAUAAAGUUAUAGGUGUCUGUCAGCUCGUGAACAAAAUGGAUGAACGGUCUGGUGUGAUCAAGGCCUUCAAUAACAAUGAUGAGCAGUUCCUGGAGGCCUUUGCUAUUUUUUGUGGGCUGGGAAUCCAGAACACUCAGAUGUAUGAAACAGUUGAAAGGGCCAUGGCAAAGCAGGUUGUGACUCUUGAGGUCCUUUCAUACCAUGCAUCUGCUGGUGAAGAGGAGACUAGGGAGCUGCAGGUAACAGUGGCCAUGACAAUCCCUUCUGCACAGUCACUCAAGCUGUUAGAUUUCAGCUUCAGUGAUUUUGACCUGUCGGACAUGGAAACAACGUUGGCUACUAUCCGAAUGUUCACUGACCUCAAUCUGUUACAGAAUUUUCAAAUGAAAUACGAGGUUCUUUGCCGUUGGAUUUUAAGUGUAAAGAAGAAUUAUCGAAAACACGUUGUCUAUCACAAUUGGAGGCAUGCCUUUAACACAGCACAGUGCAUGUUUGCUUUGCUGAAGUCUGGCAGGAUUCAGAACAAGCUGACUGACAUGGAGGUUUUAGCUCUGAUCAUAGCAACACUCUGCCACGACCUGGAUCACAGAGGGGUGAACAAUUCCUUCAUAAAGAGGACUGAGCACCCUCUCGCUCAGCUCUACUGUCACUCUAUGAUGGAGCAUCAUCACUUCAACCAGUGCCUGAUGAUACUCAAUAGCCCUGGAAACCAGAUUCUAAGUGGCCUCUCUCUGGGUGAAUAUAAAGCCACUCUGAAGAUGAUUGAACAGUUUAUUCUAGCCACAGACCUGGCGCUGUACAUGAAGAGAAGAGAAGAAUUUUUUGAGCUGGUGAAAAACAAUCAAUUUGACUGGGAGGAUAAAGAUCACAAGGAGCUUUUAUUGUCAAUGUUAAUGACAGCUUGUGACGUGUCUGCAAUAACCAAGCCUUGGCCUAUACAGCGAAAGAUCGCUGAACUCGUUGCAACAGAAUUUUUUGAGCAAGGUGACAAGGAGAGAGAGGAACUGAACAUUGAACCCAUUGAUUUAAUGAAUCGAGAGAAGCGCGAUCAGAUCCCCAGCAUGCAGGUUGGGUUCAUCGAUGCAAUCUGUAUUCAGCUCUAUGAGGCUCUAGUAAUUGUAUCUGAGCCAUGUUUCCCAUUGCUGGAAGGCUGCAGGAAUAAUCGGAGGAACUGGGAGAUGUUGAUUUCACAACAACUGUUUAAUGGGGAGAGUAACUGAUAUUUGGUCAAUAAUUUUGGACAUUUUAGAUGACAUUGGAGCUGUCUCAUGUUCACAUUUUUAUACUUCCAUAAAGCAAGAACAAUUAGCUCCAAGCUGAUAGAGGUUUUAUCUAGGUUGACAUUUUCUGUGUGCAGUUUACUAAUUGUUUCACAUUCACACUCCGUAAAACAAACCUUUCAAAUUGUAUCUGCUGUUUCCUAAUGGCAGAAACAGAAUAAUGAGGCCCAUCUCCAUAAAGAAUCCAAUGGCUUCUCAUUCACCCCAUUUUUUUUGUAGUAAGACAUGAUAUUUAUGUGCAUUUAAAAAUACAAUGUGGAGGUCAAAUGUAAAUACAAUGGUCAUUAAUUAUUCUACAAUAUUCACUGUAAUAAGUGUUUCAGUAUUUUCUGACUAAUUCUUAGUCCUGCAAGUACUGUUCUAUAUCAUAACAUCUUCUGUUAUGGGAUUUGACGAUUAAGCCAUGACUGCAUGUUGUUGUGCAGUCCCUGUGGAGACAUCUUUAUUGCACAACCCAGGUAUGCCAAUGUUCUUGCACACACGCUAUCAGAGUGAAAAGAAGCUGUAGCGUGAACUGAAAUGUAUGUUUUGCCUGGACACAAGCGGACUGCCUUUUCAGUCCCUUCACGCUUUAGGAAAAAAUCAGGAUUACAAUACUUCCAUGUGACAUUGAGAUUUAUUCUUCAAAAAAAAUCAAUUCUUCCUCAAAUAAAGUCUGGUGUGCAAUAUUCUUGCCCAAUAAGCAAGCAUUGCUGCCUCAUCUAAUUAAGAGACUUUGUCACAUUUAUCACAAUUUUUCUUCACAAAGAACAACCAGUUUGAAAUUUCAAAGUCUUUGUUUCUUCAGUGCACAGUUGAUAGCAAUAUAAAUCAGGAACAACACACUCCAAAACUACUUAUUUUAGUGUUUGUAUUUUGUAAACGGUGGCCAGUGAGCUUGCCUGAGUUAUUUUUGCACAAGCCGAAUUCUAAUCAUUGUAACUAGAUGUACAUGCUGGUAUGGUCAAGGUGACCUUCGUAAUAGCUUCUGCUUUGCCAAGGUCUUUCCAUAGUGUGCCAUUAUCUUUGCAUGCAGAGUAUGUUUUAGAAAGUUAGAUUAUCCCUAUGUUGUCGGAUUGUUUAAAAUUCCACAAAUCAAAAGAGUUGGCCCAGAUUAUCUACAGGGAACAUCAUAAAUGCUUAUUCUCUUUGGGACAUUGGUGAUGUUUGGAACAGUGUUUGUGUAACCUUCUAACUUGCACCUCAUAACUGCUUCCUCCAGUAUGCACAGAAAUAGUUUCCCUGAAGAGAUGAAAUAUAAUCAUUUGCAAGAAUCUUAACAGUAACUAAGCGCAGAUUUCCGCAAAAGGACCUGGGGUGGCAAGAGGCAAAUUGGAUCCGAGUUUGGCCAGUUCAUUUGAGAGGUUACCAAGUAGUAAAUCUUAGUUUCAAUUGAGGAACACUGAAGAAGGUCUGAGGAACCCUAGUGCAAAUUAAUCAAAUAGCAGGGUUUAGAUACAAAUGAAACACUUGCAAUGAGAGAGUACAUCUGUAGAUCAGCCCUAAUUACCAACCCACCCCCCACCCUCACACCCCCUAAAAAUGUUGUGAACAUUUAUGGCUUACUCCAAGAACUUAAGUCUAACCCAAGAUAUAUAUUUUUUGUGAAUUCCCCUAUCCCCUUUCCUCUUCACAAUUUGGACUGACCCCUGCCAUACUUGGUGGAUGUUGUAAUGAAAAAUAUCAAGGUUGACUGCUAGAACAUUGGGUACUAUAGUACUGUGAGAUACUAACAAGUUAAUGUAUAACAUGGGAAUAGUCUUUAUGGUUUUUACCCUGUUUGGCCCCCAUGUCUAUUUUCAUGUGUGGUAUUAUGCCAAGAUCUGCAAGUAACAGUGCUGUUGGCUUUUUGUGUUUCUUCAUGUUUUAUGUUGGUGAGUGAAUUUUUUGUGUGUUUAAGUAGUAGCAAUAACUAGCUGUGUUACAUUGGGAGUUGCGGGUAAAAAUGUCAGCCUGAAGGUUGAGACCAGAGACUCAGAAUUCCACCUCGUCUUCAUCUAUCAAAUAAUUUUGCCCUAAAAUUCAGUCUUAAUUCUGUACGGUCUUAAAUUUUAAUUCAAUGGUAUUAUAGACUAAAACGAUGUGGAAUUUCAGGCCUCAGAUUCCUCAUGUGAAUUUCAUUCCUCAUUUGACGUUAAUUGUUUAAUCUGCUGUGGAGAAAACUCAUUAUUGACAAGUGAAUCACUGUCUCUGUGUGAAUCACAUCCUUGUUUUUCUGAUCUGUUACAGCUAUCACUCCAGCUCACACAGCAAACACUGAAUCCCUUUGGCCAGCACAGGCCUGAUCUUGUUUUCAGAUCAAAUAGCUGUUUUCCACUGGUAAAAUGUCAAAUAUAUAUAUUAUUUUAUAUAUAUAUAUUAUAUAUAUUAUUUAACUCAAAUAGCA